AUGCAGGCAGCCUAUUAUAGAGAUGCAAAGGAAGAGUUGAAACUGGGAGAAGUCCUUGUGGUUUGUGAUUUUGCAGAAAAUUACUCCUUUGUUCUCCAGGAUGCAGCUCAAAGUUUUCAUUGGAAUAACAUGCAGGCAACUUUACAUCCAUUUGUGAUCUACCAUCGCUUUCCAGUAGAGGAAGACACAACUACCAACCUAAAGUGCAUCAGUCUGGUGAUUAUAUCAGAUUGCUUAAGUCACAACACCACAGCCUUCCACUGUUUUCAACGGAAGCUUGUUAAAUUUCUUAAGAAUAGAUUUCAGAUUACGAAAGCUUAUUACUUCACUGAUGGUGCAGCUUCCCAAUACAAAAACCGGAAAAACUUUUUGAAUCUUGCCUUCCAUGGAAAUGAUUUUGGGUUCGUAGCAGAAUGGAAUUUCUUUGCGACAUCUCAUGGUAAAGGUCCUUGUGAUGGUGUUGGUGGAACAGUCAAGCGUCUUGCAGCAAGGGCCAGUCUUCAAAGGCCAUAUGACGACCAGAUACAAACACCACUGCAGCUGUUUGAAUGGGCUCAUUCAUCUCUGAAGGAUAUCAAUUUUGCAUUUGUAUCACAGGAUGAGUAUGACACAGAAGAAAGGUUACUUUCAGCAAGAUCAGAGAAGAGCAAAACAGUGCCUGGUACUCACCAGUUCCAUUCUUUCUCGCCAAUACCCAACUCAAGAACAUUAUUAGCAGAACGGCACUAUUCCUUGUGUGAAUCACAGACAAUAGUUAAAGUUAGCUUUGAAGAGGAAGGAGAUAUUUUAGCAUGGCAUGAUCUUAAUGGCUUUGUGACAUGUGUGUAUGACAACAAAUGGUGGCUGGCUUUAAUUCUACAAGCUGAUAAAGAUGAUGGAGAGGUCAAAGUAAAAUUCCUCCAACCAUCAGGCCCAUCACCUUCAUUUUGCUAUCCAACAAAAGAAGAUAUUUUGCUCAUUCCAAAAUCAUCAAUUUUAACCAAGGUUGAGCCCAGGACUCAUACAGGAAGGACAUAUUUUUUGACUAAAGAAGAAAGUUUAAAAGCAACACAGAUAUUGACAGAUAUGCAACUUUGAUUGUUUGAUAACCAUGUUUUUAUACGCUGUAUUUUGUUCUAAAUUGAUGCCAGUAUAUUGCAAAUGUUCAACUUCAAAAGGGUGUAUUUCUCUAUUUACUGCAAACCCCAAGCUGAUACUUAACACGAAUGAUAAACAAUGUAUAAGGUUACUAAAUAUGUGAAAAGAUUCUUGGGGGGUCAAUGUAUAUUUUUUCUGGGGGGUCGUUUAUGAGACUACUUCACUUUUAGAUUUACAUUUUGUUUCAUAGGACCAAUGAUUUCAAAUGUUCCAUUUUCAAACAGAGCUUCAAAAUCCCUUUCAGAUGAGACCUCAACCAGCCUCAUAGCAAUAGUAGAAGCAAAAUUAUGGCUGAUUAUUUAUUUCCGGGGGCGAGAUCGAUACAAUAAAGCCCAAAAAAUAAAAGGCUAUAUUUCAGGAACGACA